UCCGCCGCCGGGCAGCGGCUGGUGCCCGUGGGAAGCGCCUGCGCGCUGCGGCCGCUCGCUGCCUGCCCCUGGCAGCGUCCUGCCUAUUUUAGUCCCAGCGGCCGCGGUGAAGGGAGCAGCUACCGAGUCCCAGCAGCGGCGCCCCGGGGACCCUGCUCGGGGCCAGGAUUCUUCAAGAUGAAUACUACAGAAAUCAAUUCAUUCACCAUGACCCCAUUAGGUUUUAUACCAGAUUUCAAAAAUGCCACCCUUGUACCUGUCAAUGAGACUGCGUGUGAAAACUGGAGUGAGGUUCAUCAUCUGGUUUUUCAUGUGGCAAAUAUCUGUUUUGCAGUUGGAUUGGUUAUUCCAACCACUUUGAAUUUCCAUAUGAUUUUCCUGCGAGGCUUGCUUGCUACAGGAUGUGUACUUUUCAUCAUCUGGGCUAUGCUGUACCGUUGUGCCUUGGAUAUAAUGAUCUGGAAUUCGGUGUUCUUGGUUCUCAAUUUCUUGCAUUUUAUAUAUCUACUGUACAAGAGAAGACCGAUCAAGAUAGAGAAGGAGUUCAGUAGUCUGUACAAGAGAAUGUUUGAACCACUCCAUGUACCUCCAGAACUGUUCAAGAGAUUAACUGGACAAUUCUGCAACAUUCAGACUUUAAAAACAGGUCAAGCAUAUGCUGCAGAGGACAAAACAUCAGUUGAUGAUCGACUAAGUAUCCUGCUAAAGGGAAAAAUGAAGGUCUCCUAUCGAGGGCAUUUUCUGCAUAAUAUUUACCCCUGUGCCUUUAUAGAUUCUCCUGAAUUUCGAUCAACUCAGAUGAACCGGGGUGAGAAAUUCCAGGUCACCAUUACUGCAGAUGACAACUGUAAGUUUCUGUGCUGGUCCAGGGAACGACUGACUUACUUUCUGGAAUCUGAACCAUUCCUUUAUGAAAUAUUUAGGUAUCUUAUCGGUAAAGAUAUUACAAACAAACUCUACUCAUUGAAUGAUCCAACACUAAGUGAUAAGACUUCCAAAAAAAUGGAGCAGCAGCCGAGCCUUUGCUCACAGCUCUCUGUGAUGCAGAUGAGAAACAGCAUGGCUAGUUCCAGUGACAGUGAAGAUGGCUUGCAGCAGUUUCUUCGUGGGUCUUCCACCGCUUCCUCUCUUCGCCGCACAUCUCCCUAUAUGAGAACUUCGGCAAAAAUGAAACCAAUAGAAGAAAGUGGUGAAGAUGAGGUCUUUGAACUACCCUCUGUUGUUAAGCCUGAAGUUCAGUGACUGCCUUGAGUCUCGAACAUCCAGGGACUCUGUUGACAUGGCAAAAGCAAGAAGCUUAUUUUGAAGCGAUUCUGAAAACUAUCAGCACUCUUUACUUUCAGAGAAUUAUACCACAAUAUACCUGUGUUAGUGGCUUCUAGAUAAAGAUGCCAAGUUUUAUUUAUGCUCCUUAAAAUUUUUUAAAAAGGCAGGAUUUUUGAAUGGGUGUAUUUUUACUUUGGCUCUCUGCCGAGUUAAAUUCAGUUUUAAGCAACAGACUAGUCUGAAAUUUUAUUUGCUUAUUGAGUACCAUUUGCAAAAUCAGCCAAGUCCCAUUUUUCUAAGCCACUUAGGAGCCUAAGUCCCAGUGAAAGUGAAUGGGAAUGUUUGAAAAUUUGACCCAGUAUCAUCUGUACCUAACACCAUAGUUAUUAAUAUUGCAAAUUCAAAAUGAAGUUAAUACAGUUUGUGUGUGUGCAUGAAUGUAUGUGUUUCUAUUUUAUACAGAGAAAACAAUUUUAAAAGAACAUUAAAGUUGCAAAGUCAACCACUCCAAAGUUAAGAAAGGCCAGAAUUAAGUUUCCUGUGCAACCUAUAUUUGGCCCCCUUAUGUGUAUGCAUUAUAAUGCAAUUUUUAAUUACAUGAUCACAUACUGUUUUCCACAAGAAUUUGGCAAAAUGUGUAGAUUUGACACAAAGGCCAUCCUGCUGCGAAAUUUAAAGUCUCUGCUCUAAUGCAUGGGGGUUCUAAACCAUCUUUAAAAAAAAGUCACUAGAAUUUUUAAACAUGGCCAAAAUAAUGUAUUUUUCCCUAGUUUUGUUCUUGGAAAUAUCUGCACCAUUUUGGCUAAAGUUUUCCAAAGUAGUUCUCCUGAGAGACACCUAUUAUGGGAAAUUUCAGCCCAAAGAGUUAUAGUUUGGCAAAAUUAUAAGUAGCUGAAAAAAGGGUCUCAUAAUGGGAAGUGUUGGGCAGCCUUAAUAGGUGGCACUACCAGCUCCAACUAUAGUGUGAGCACAUGAAUAAAUAAAAUCAACGUAUUUGUCACACAAUAAUAAAUUGUAUUCAUUGUCAAAGAGCAUAAUGGCAGAUACAACAGUCUAUGUAACAAUUUAAGAUGACAGAAUGUGGCGACUAGAAUAUGACAAAUAAUGAGAUUGUGGAUAACAGUCGGAGUCGGGCUUUUUUACUGAUUUUUUACUGUCACCAUCGUCCUAGUAUUGGCAGUGAAGUUAAGCCUAAGAGUGUCCUUGAAUCAGCCUGUGCCUAUGGUAUAAAAAUCUGUUUUUACACUGUUCUGAAGCUCUUGCAAUGCUAAAGCACAACACUUGUUUUUGUGGUUUUAAAAUUCAAUUUUUAAUGUUACUUCAGUGUGUCUUGUGGUUUUUGUUCUUUAUGUAUUAAAAAUUCUCAUUGAGGUGAGCCAUAGUUACCAGUUUAUGUAAAUAUAUGUUAAAUACAUCUCACAUCAUGUAUGCAGUAGAGCACACUGGUCCCUUUUGGAGCGGAGGUAAUUUAUCAUAUAACUUCACUGUUUGAGUUUUGUAAAAACCUUUAUUUACUUUGUAGACAAUAAGCGUUCCUUUUGGAGCCAUUGCCAUCUCUUGUAUAAGUACUUAAACCAGUUAUAAAGAUACAGAUCUGAUCAAAUCUACCGUUGCUAGGUACAAGAUCAAUGAGUGUUGUGUGGUACUAGCAUUAUCAGCAUUUAAGACAAAGACAUGAAAAAGGUUAUGCCACAUUUAUGGUGGCUGAUUUUCAAACGUCAAUAACUGGACAGCAUUACCUUUUUAAAAGAAAAUACUGUAGAUAGCCAGAGGACUUGAUAUAUGUUAGGGACAAGUCUGCAACAUUUAUUUUCUAAACAAUAAAAGUGUGUGAGUUAAAUGAGCAUUUGAAAUUUGUAACUCCUACCUUUUUGCACCAAUACUAAGUGGGGAGAAUUGGGUGGGGGAUUGGGUUAUUUUGGUGUGUAGGAUUUACUAAGAAAAAAGUUUAUCUAGCAUGAACUUUGAUAGGAAGUUUUCAGAGAAGAGUUUGAAUGGAAAUGCUGCUAGAGACUGAUUACAGCAGGGAUGUAAAUGAAUAUGGAUGAUCCCAGGAAUAUGACGGGAUCCAGAACUUCGAAGUUCUUAGCUUAAAAUACAGCCAGUCUCAAUAAACACAAAUAUUUCAGCCA